GGGAUGUGUCUGAUCUGGUGUGAAUGUGCAGAAUUGUUCCAACCUCGUUCCUUAUGAACUGGGGGUAAAUUAAACUUCUUAAACAACGCAUGGAGGGGUGAAGGAGCGCACGCGUGGUCCGCAAUGUUGUGUUUUCCUUGAGCCACUCAAGACAGGAAGCGCGAUGAACUACUUGCCAUUCAUGACAGCAUUGACUUCAUAUCUGUGAGGUGGGAAGAGGAAAUUAAUGCAUGUAACGUGUUACUGAUAACCGGUGUCUAUCGUCUUCAUGUCAACAGCCAGUUCAGAGUUUUCUUGUGUACAAUAACAUCUAUCUGCAGUGAGUAUCAGACUUGACCCACUGAAGAAGUCAGAUAACGUGCUCUGAUUUGGGGGUUUGGGCUAAAUUAUCCAUGGAGCAAUUCUGACUUCAUGUCAUUCAUUUCUUCAGUCCUGUGUUGUUUAUGCGAUCAGUCACUCACCACUGGACUGUCUCGUCCAGGGCUCAGACUGAUUAACCUAGAUGACUAUGGAUUCGUUGUGUGUAUUUAUUCUUUUCUUAUUGGCUCCACUCCAGGAACCAUGGCUGAAGAUCCUUCAUCAUACCUGCACCAACCGUAUUUUGACUACGGCUUACAAGUGGAUCCCAGCUGGAUUGACCUCGAUCCUGGUCCCAUUAAUAACAUACCCAACAACAGCAACUACCUGCGAAUAGUGGAUGGCCCUUAUGUACAGAUUGUAGAACAGCCCAAGCAAAGGGGCUUCAGGUUUCGUUAUGGCUGCGAGGGCCCCUCUCACGGGGGUCUCCCUGGAGCCUCCAGCGAGAAGAACCGCAAGAGCUACCCCCAAGUCAAGAUCUGUAAUUACCAGGGUCCAGCCCGGGUGGUGGUUCAGCUGGUCACCAACUCUAAGGACCCCCACCUGCACGCACACAGCCUGGUGGGCAAGCAGUGCGACAAGGGCAUCUGCAUCGCGGAGCUGCCUCCCAAAGACAACUCCAUCAGUUUUCCCAACCUGGGGAUUCUGCACGUGACCAAGAAGAACGUGACCAAGGUGCUGGAGGAGCGCAUGACCGAGGCGUACCGCAUGGGCUACAACAACGGCGUCUUCAUCCACCCCGAGAUCGACGCCUGCCAGUCCGAGGUGCGGCUGCCGCGGGAGCUCUCAGAGCACCAGAAGAGCGUGAUAGCAUCGUCUGCGGCCCAGCAGGCUAAGGAGAUGGACCUGAGCGUGGUGCGCCUCAUGUUUACCGCCUUCCUGCCCGACAGCGACGGAGGAUUCUCGCGCAGACUGGACGCCGUGGUGUCCGAACCCAUCUACGACAGCAAAGCGCCUAAUGCCUCAAACUUGAAGAUCGUGCGCAUGGACCGCACAGCAGGCUGUGUGACUGGAGGAGAGGAGGUCUACCUCUUGUGUGACAAGGUUCAGAAAGACGACAUCCAAGUGCGCUUCUAUGAAGAGGGGGACACGGGCCUGGUCUGGGAGGCCUUUGGGGACUUCUCGCCUACCGAUGUCCACAGACAGUUUGCUAUAGUUUUCAAGACGCCAAAGUACAGAGACUUGAACCUCCAGAAGCCGACCUCUGUAUUUGUGCAACUGAAGAGGAAGUCAGACAACGAAACCAGCGAGCCAAAGCCAUUCACCUACCAUCCACAGAUCAUAGACAAAGAGGAGGUGCAGAGGAAGAGGCAGAAGACACUGCCCAACUUCUCGGACUACAACGGCCCAGGUGGAGCCGGGGGCAUGUACCGAGGAGGAGGGGGAGGGGGAGGCGGAGGCUCGGCCGCUGGAGGAGGGGGGUCCGGAUCGGUAGGGGGAGGAGGUGGAGGAGGCUACGGAUACCCCGGCUACUAUCAGAACUACACUGGCUCUGGCUAUACGUACACACAGGGAAUGGGAGGAGGAGGGGGCGCCAAUAUCAAGCAUGGUGAGUCUCACACACCUGCGGAUGACUGUGAUGAUAACGACAGCGAUGGUGAUGACGAUGACCCAGCCUCAGGAGGGGUGGUCCGGCUGGCCGGUCCCCCUGAGGGGAAUCUCAGAGUGGGGCAACAGCCGCCAUUGGAGGAGACGCACAGUCAGGCAGACGGGAUGCACACAGUGAGUCUGCUGGAGUCUCGGCUGGCAGACCUGGCGGAGAGACACGCACUCGCUCUGUUCCACUACGCCGUCUCCGGAGACCCCUGCGCACUGCUGGCUCUACAGCGCCCCCUCAUGACCGCUCAGGACGAGGACGGAGACACUGGGCUGCAUCUGAGUGUGAUCCACAGCCAGACAGACUCGGUGCGGAGUUUGACGAAGGUCAUCGCUGCCCUCCCGGGAGAAGAUGUCAUCAACAUGAAGAACGACCUUUACCAGACUCCUUUGCACCUGGCGGUGAUCACGCAGCAGGUGGAGGCGGCACACGUCCUGCUGCAGGCCGGGGCCGACGCCCGCCUGAGCGAUCGCCACGGCAACACGGCCCUGCACCUGGCGGCGCAACAGAGGGAGGGCGGCGACUUGGUGGCACAGUUGCUGCAGCACCCCCUAGUGGCACAGCUCACCGACACGCCCAACUCCAUGGGCCUGUGUGCGCUGCAUUUAGCUGUGCUGGCUAACAGCUUGAGUGCGGUGCGGGCCCUGCUGGCUGCGGGGGCCAGCGUGGAGGCGCAGGAGGUCGGCAGUGGACGCACACCCCUACACCUGGCUGUCGAACAGGGCAACGUCUCACUCAGCGGAUGCCUGCUACUGGAGGGCAAUGCUGAGGUGGACUCGUGUACGUAUGACGGCUCCACUCCGCUCCACAUGGCAGCUGGUCGCGGCUCCCUCAAGCUCUGCGCCCUCCUCAUGGCAGCAGGUGCCGAUCCUCAUAAAGAGAACUUUGAGCCGGCUUACUUCAGGGAAGAGGAGGGUGGUGUGCAGCAGCAUGCGACUGAGGAUGAGGAGGAUGACGAAGGCUACAUCCCUGGCACCACUCCCAUGGACUUGGCGGCCUCUUCUGAAGUGCGCGAAAUACUGAGUGGGAAGGAGUAUCAGCCGGAGAGCGAGCCCAUUCCCGUCCCCACGCAAGGAGACAUGCGUAGCCUGGGUGCGUGCGUGAAGCAGGCUCUGUGUGUGUAAAUGUAAUAAUCUAUGCGUUAUGUGUGUGUGUGUGUGUGCAGGAGACAUGCGUAGCCUGGGUGCGAGCGUGAAGCAGGCCCUGUGUGCGGCCCUGGAGGGUGGCUGGGAGAGCCUGGCCCACUCGCUAGGCCUCGGGGUCCUCACCACCGCCUUCAGGCUCAGCCCCUCGCCCGCAGGCACUUUACUGGACAGCUAUGAGGUGUCUGGGGGCACGGUGCAUGGCCUGCUGGAGAGUCUGAGGGAGGUGGGCAUCAGCCGAGCACUAGACCUACUGCAGCACCACCAGCCAGUGGAGACUACCGCACCCAACACACAACCACAAAU